UCACACUGGGAGAAAAAUGUCUCCUCGUCUGUCUUUCACCAAUAUCAUCACCGCCUUCCAAAGUCAUGCAAGAGGAUCGAAUAUAUGCGACAAUAUUCCUGCACUCAGCCUCUAAUAUCUGUUCAUAUUAAAUAUCACUGCUGUUCCUUAAAAACUAUAUUAGCCUACAUUAAAGGACUUGGAAAUCCAUGAUCAGGUACUGAAAAUGGACUCCAGGUACCUGCUAAUUCUUGGCUUAUGGACUGUGGCGAUUGGCACCGUGCAGGGGUGCCCUGCACCUUGUAACUGCAUGGAUAAAUAUUCAGUUCAGCUUGCGGACUGCGCUUCCAAAGAGCUCCUUCUCGUGCCCGUGGGACUGCCUUCCAAUGUAACGACCCUCAGCCUGUCGGCCAACAAGAUCCAGGUGCUGAAGGCCAAGAGCUUUGUCAAUGUCACCAUGAUUACCUCUCUGUGGCUUGCCCACAACGCCAUUGUUACCGUGGAGCGGGACACCCUGGCUCCACUGGUCAACCUGAGGAACCUGGACAUCAGCUACAAUAAGAUCGUCAACUUCCCUUGGGAGGACCUGGUCAACCUCACCGCCCUGCAGCUCCUGAAAAUGAACAACAACGAGAUGGUGUCCGUGCCCAAGGACGCUUUCCUCACCCUGAAAGAGCUGCGCUCACUCCGCAUCAACAACAACAAGUUCACCACCAUCGCGCAGGGCACGUUCGAGUCCCUCAGCCUGUCUCAUCUCCAGAUCUACAACAACCCCUUCACCUGCUCCUGCAGCCUGGAGUGGCUGAGGGACUGGAUUCGAGGGGUGACCAUCUCGGUGCCUGAGCAGGAGAACAUUGUGUGCGCGUCGCCCUCGCACCUCAAGGGGGUGACCGUGGUGAAGAUGCCCAAAAUGGACUGCAAGGCGCCCACUGUGACCAUCACCCACCAGCCCAACGUUGAGACCACUGCGCUCUAUGAGGGAUACACGGUCAUCUUGACCUGUGAGGCCCAGGGCAGUCCCAAGCCAGAGCUCCAGUGGGACGUGGUGAAUGGGAAGCAGCAAUUCCAGUUCACUCUGCCCAGUGUUGUGGAAGACACGGCGGUUCCGAUCAACAACGCAACGACCAACACACGUUUCCUGGUGUUUCACAAUGGCACCGUUAUCAUUCCGCGCAUGAGCAAGAAGGAGGAUGGCAACUACAGCUGCUCUGCCUCCAACGAAGUGGGUAAAGCUGAGGGCACCGUCAAAGUGGUGAUGGCUAGCACCCCAAAACACGCCAUCGAUUCCAGGCCGGACACUACUGGUGGCAAGGGCCGCCAACCUGUUAGCAAACCUGGCCCCAAGACCUCCAUCAACAACGUGAUAAAAUCUGACAAUGAACCCAAAACACUUCCAACUGGGUCAGUCUCUGUUACUGGUGACUCGGAGAAGAUAGGAGAGGGCACCAAAGACCUGCCUUUUGCCAGCAAGUGUGGCAUAAACGACGGCACACAGUACAUAUCCAACCACGCUUUCAACCUGAGCCUGGACGAGCUCAAGCAGUACACCUUUGAUUUUGGGGUGAUCGCACUGGAAGUGUCCGAGACUGAGGCCAAAGUCCAGCUGAACCCACUGCAGCUGCCCAACAGCAAGUCAAACCUCCAGAUCAGCCACACCCAAGACCUGCAGACCGUGGAGAAGGAGCCUUUCAGCCUGUACCAGACCAUCACCAAAAAAUCCACCCUGGACAUGCUCUACCUAUGUGUCAGCACUGGCAAUGGCCACUCCGUUGUUCAGUGGUCCAAGAUUGAGGAUGGUGUCAAUGCCUAUCGUUUCCAAGGCUUAAAGCCUGGCACGAAUUACACGCUCUGUCUCACCUAUGGGGGUCAGGACUGUCAGGUCCAGGUUGUGUUUACCACCAGGAAGAAAAUCCCCUCACUGCUCAUCAUUGUGGUGGUCAGCAUUUUCUUGCUGGCUUUGGCUACUGUGCCUCUGCUUGGAGCCACCUGUUGUCAUCUGCUGUACAAGUAUCAGGGAAAGACCUACAAGCUAAUUAUGAAAGCUCAAAAUCCGGACCAGAUGGAGAAAAACAUAACGACUGACUUUGACCCGAGAGCCUCUUUUGUGGAGUCGGAGAAAACCUUCAAUCCGAGUGAGCUGGGUGAUGAUGUGGAGGGCGACGCAGAGGGAGAGGAGGAGGAUGGGGAAGGUGAGCUCGAGGGCAGCGUGGUAACAGAGUCCAUUGCCGGCUCGCAGUCCAAAACGCAGGAGGAAUUCGAAGUGGGCUCUGAGUACAGCGACAGGUUGCCCCUAGGGGCGGAGGCUGUGAAUAUUUCGGAGGAAAUCAACGGCAAUUACAAACAGCCUGGUCGCUGAGUCAAUUUCAAAACGGUCAAAGAUCUUGUAAAAUAGUAACUUUUAAUCAUGUUAUCAACCAGAUAAUCUACCAAUCAUUUCACAUGUAAUCGCCCUGAUAAAGGUGGGUUGCCUAUUUUACCUCAGUACAGUGUCAAUCGAUGUAUAUGAUUUUCCAAAUGGAAGGGAGGUUUUCGAAACUAAGAAUGAGCGCUCUGGAUAGGGCGAACGGAUCACCCGUCUUUUCUGAGAGAAGAAAAUGUAGGCUACAGUUAAACGUAGCCUACGGAAAUGGGCUACUAAACUAAAAAAAGCCAAUCGAAUAAAACUUUGUAGUCAUCAGUGUUUACAAAUCUCGACUGAUAGUUAUUGGAAAGUCUUUUAUGAAGGGCGUAGGCAAGCGUAUCAUUUGUGACAUUUCAGCGUCCGCUUCAGUUGAUCGGAUUGCUGGGUAGCGGUGUUAUAUUGAACAUGUCCAUGCACUGACUCCGUUCCAUUGUUCUUCGGGACUUCAGCUGAUGAUACCCAACGGAACUUUUUGAGCAAUGUUAGUUGCCAAUGUUCCUGAUUAUUGUUGGUCUAGCACGUCCCCAUUGAUAUUGAGCAACAUUUUUUUCUGGAGAACUAGUAAUCAUCAGUAGGCAAAUUAUCACGACCAACGACCAUCCAACCACAGCGAGGUGGUUAUGUGGUGGCCAGCAUCAGCAACAUUGCUCGAAAAGUUGCCUCAUGUAUCAUCACCUUUAGAGGGAUUUCACUUUACCCAUUCUCACGGCUUGUACGUACAGUGCUUGGAAACGUUAACUCAAGCCUAUUUCAACGGACGCAGAUAAAUGUAAUGUGAGACUCUAAAACGUGUGACUUUAACCUCUAUGGCGAACGGGUGCUAUCCUCUCCUCUCUGGAUUGAUUCUGAACGUGUCCUUUCUCUUCUUUGAGAUACUUGUCCGUGGCAUGUCACACAGAAGUAUUUUAAUGUGUGUUUCAUUAGAAAAUAGGACGAUAGAUAUCCUAAAUGUUGAUAUGUGAUGUAAGCCCAUCAAAUUCAAAAGAUUUCUCUUUUAUAUGAUUAUACAUCGUCGAUUUCUACUAUCACCUAUAGCGCAGAAGAGCGCCUGGAGGUUUCGAGUGUUCUGUAAAUUGACGCAGUGACUUGUUUUGUGACCAACUGUCUGACGAUGUUGUAAAAAAAUCCCAAACGUUUUCAGAUUUUGAUAUGAUUUUAUGUACGUGAACUUAAUAAAACUUAAGAAAAAG